AUGUCUCGUUUUUUUGUUUCAGGCUACAGUUCUGACUCUUCAUCCUCAGAAGAAGACUUAUUGAGUGCUUCAGAAGAAGAACUCAUCUCCUCCUCCUCAUCUGAAGACGAUUUAAGUGAAGAUUCCGAAUUCGAUGAUGAUUCUUCUGAUGAUGAUUCAGAUUCAGAUGGUCCUAAAGGUCCUUCUUAUUUCUUAAAGUCUUCUUUCAAGAAAGGUGCUGCUGAUUCGGAUUCAGACUCAGAUGAUGACGAAGGAAGGAAAGUUGUCAAAUCUGCAAAAGAUAAAUUGUUAGAUGAAAUGAAAGCUUCCAUUGAAACUAUUAACACUAAUAAAAGAACUAAUGAAUGGAUUGGUAUAUUGGCAGAAUUCGAUAAAUUAGGUCGUUUCUUAAUAAGAGCUAGCCAACAAAAACUUUCUACUCCAAAUUUUUACUAUAAAUUAGUAGGUGAAUUGGAUGAUUUUAUUAAUGAAACUAGUAUUAAUGAAAAAGAAUCAGAUAAAAAAAUGAAUGCCGCUCAAUCAAGAGCUUUUAACACCAUCAAACAAAGAGUUAAAAAACAAUCUAAAGAAUAUCAACCUUAUUUGGAUUUAUAUAGAGCUAAUCCUGAAUUAUUUGAUUCUGAAGAACCUUUGGAUAUAGCACCAGAAACUAAAGAUGCUGAAGCCACUGUUAGUGAAAGAGUCUUGAGUCCAGUCUUUACUACUUUAAGACAAAUUUCUGAAACUAGAGGUAAGAAAAACAUUGAUAAAUAUGAACAAAUUAGUAUUUUAGAAGAUUUAUUAGAACAAUUCAAAUCUGGUAAACCAUUCGAAUUAAUUUCAAUUUAUCAAAUGUUAUUAUCAAUCAGAUUUGAUGUUUACUCUAACCAAUCUUUUAUGCCAGUUGAUCAAUGGGAAAAAAAUCAAAUUGAUUUUAAUAGUUUAUUAGAUUUAUUAGAAUCAAAAGCUGAUCAAUAUCAAGUUUCUGAAUUAGGUAAGGCCACUGAUGAUAUUGAUAUUGAACCAACUGCAAAUGAACAAGGUAUUAAAAUUAUUUCUGGUUCUAUUACUUCUUUUGCUGAAAGAUUGGAUGAUGAAUUCACCAGAUUCUUACAAAAUACUGAUCCUCACUCAACCGAAUAUAUUGAAAGAUUGAAAGAUGAAACCAAACUUUAUAAAUUACUUGUAAGAGCCCAAGUUUAUGUUGAAUUAACCACUCCAGAAGAAAUUAGAAAUACUACCGAUGGUGAACAAUUAGCUAGAAUUGUUCUGAGAAGAUUAGAUCAUAUUUAUUAUAAACCAGAUCAAUUAAUCAAAAUUAAUGAAGAUCAAGCAUGGAAAAAUAUAAGUGGUACUUCAAGUCUUGUUGGUUCAGAUGCUGAAGCUGGUGAAGUUAUUAAUGAAUUAUCUGUUUUCUUAAGUGAACAAGCUAAUCCAGUUUAUGAAAGAAGAGCUUUACUUUCUUCAAUCUAUUAUAAUGCUAUCAAUAAUAGAUAUCAAAAGGCAAGAGAUUUAUUUUUAGAAUCUCAAGUUUAUGCAACUAUUCAUCAUGCCGAUUCUUCAUUACAAGUUCAAUAUAAUAGAGCAUUAGUUCAAUUAGGUUUAAGUGCUUUCAGAGCUGGUGAAAUUGAAGAAUCUCAUCAAGCAUUAAAUGAAAUUGCUAAUUCUCAAAGAUUAAAAGAAUUAUUAGGUCAAGGUUUCAGUUCUAAAUAUCCAAGUCAAGCUACUAAUGCUGAAAAACUGAAAUUGUACCCAUUCCAUAUGCAUAUUAAUUUAGAAUUAUUAGAAUGUGCUUUCAUGACUUCCUCAUUAUUAAUAGAGAUUCCAGCCUUGGCUGCUGCCUCUACUAAAGAUUCUAAACGUAAAGCUUCCAUCAAAUCUUUCAAGAGUAAAUUGGAAUUCCAUGACAGACAAUAUUUCACUGGUCCUCCAGAAAGUAUUAAAGAUCAUCUUGUUCAUGCUUCCAGAGCUUUACAAAAAGGUGAUUGGGCUAAUGCUUACUCUUUAUUAUCAUCUAUUAAAAUUUGGAAAUUAUUCCCAGAUAAUGACGACUUAUUAGAUAUGUUAAAGAAACAAUUAAAGGUUGAAGGUUUAAGAACUUAUAUUUUUACUUAUAAAUCAGUUUUCUCUAAAUUAUCAAUUGAAAAAUUAUCAAAAGUUUUUGAAAUUGAAUCUGCUGAUGUCAUUUCAAUCUUAGAAAAGAUGAUUGAAAUUGGUGAUAUUAAUGCUACUUUAGAUGAAAAUAAAUCUUUUAUUAAUUUCGCUACUGACGAACCUCAAAGAACUAAAUUGCAAGAAUUAGCCAUUGUCAUGAAAGAAAAAGUUGGUGUUUUGAGUGAAAAGAAUGAAAAGACUGCUUCCAAUGGUCAUGGUAAGAAACAACCAUUACAACAACAACAACAACAACAGCAACAAAAAGAACACCAAAAAGAACAAAAGGAAUUAUUACAAGAAGAAAAUAACAGAUUCAGAUAUGCUAACGUUAAUACUAAUAAUGAUGAGUUCCAAGCUUCUGUUUAA